GAAACAUUUCCUGUUUCUAGACAGUCCUUGGAAAAACAAACCAAAAACACAUGCGUGUUGAAUGCAAUGACACGAUCGCUAAAUCAUGUGUGUACUAAAUUGUUCUAGGCAAUUUCUCUCUCAGAUACUUUCACAUAAUGUUCUUCGAGGGUAUACCGGUGUCGUUAGAGGUACGUGUUUAAUUUCAAAAGCGCGGCGCAGCACAGGGUUUUUGUAUCCACGUUACACUUGUCUUGCCUCUCAGCAAUUGCAUCCACAUCUCUCUGAAUUUCACAACGGUAUUAAAAGAUAUUACGCCGAUUUACAUAGUGAAGAGAAUGUUUCAAAGUUGAACAGCCCUGGCAGGCUUCUGGCACAACAAGAUGCAUAUGAGAUGGAGAGUGACUCAAGUCAAAGAAACCCUCAGGAGGACUUUAACAUCGACGUGUUGGUGUCCCUUCUCCGCCAGGAGAAUGCAGCAGACAUCUGUGUCAUCAAGGUGCCUGAGGACAUCAAGUACACAGACUACUUCAUCGUUGUCAGCGGGUCCUCCCCAAGGCACCUCCGUGCCAUGGCGCUCUAUGCCAUUAAAGUGUACAAAUAUAUGAAGAAAGAUGGGGACCCACAUGCGAAGAUUGAGGGAAAGGAUGCAGACGACUGGAUGUGCGUUGACUUCGGAAGCAUGGUGGUCCACUUCAUGCUACCAGAGACCAGAGAGGUGUAUGAACUGGAGAAGCUGUGGACACUACGUUCUCUUGAUGAACAGCUGAGCUCCAUCCCUGUUGAGACGCUCCCAGAGGACUACAUAUUUGGAGCCAAUGUCAAUGUCACCAUGUGACUCAACAAUUAAACAACUGUUGAGACUGGAGUGUUAUUUAUUCAGAAGAAGCGACACUGAGGGUGCUUCCUAAAUGGCACCAUUUUCCUUUUAUAGUGCACUACUUUUGAACAGAGUCCUAUGGGCCCUGGUCAAAAGUAGUGCACUAUGUAGGGAAUAGCAAUGUACCAUUUGGGACAUAUGCUAAAUGUUGAAAACUGCUGUUGUUACUGGUUGAAUUCAGCCUGUAAGUUGAAGUUGUCCUCCAAGAUUUGAUCUUUGUUACCAUUAUAAACCAGUCUGCUAUGGAGACUAGAUGACACAAAAGAAGUAUCUUACAAUCAUGGUUGUUAAUGUUGGCACUGGAAUGUAUCUAUGGGUUUUAGGGGUUUAGGGUGUUUUUUUUGUGUGUGUUGAGAUGUAUUGAUGCAAUGGGGGAGGGGAUGCAGUGGCAAUGGUUGUUUGAGCAUUUCAUCCGAAGACUGAAUUGUAUUAAAUAAUAUAAGUCAUUGUAUUGUUCAUGAUGACUCCUGGCUGGCCACACAUUAUUACAUUCAGUAGAUGGCAACAGUGACGUAAACGGAUGCAGAGCUUGAUAUAUAAACAACAGAACAAUUGUUGUUAGCUAAAGUCAGUGUAUAAAGCUAAACAAAAUAUUGUCUCAUGCA